AUGCGAAUUCUAGCCGCGUUUUUCGGAGUCAUUUUCAUGUUCAUCAAUCCGGCGAUGCUCGUAAAUGUUCGUCGUGAGGUCACCGCCGCGUUCACCGAUCCCACCAAUAUGGAUAUGUUCAUCGUUCGGGCUAUCAGACACACAGUCGUUGAUUGGCUGGGAAUCGAUUCCCAUCUCGAAAAAGCGACACCAAUCAUCGUUGUGAUCUCGGUUCUUCUCCAUCUAAUCAUCACAAGCCUUUCUCUUUAUGGAAUCUAUUCUUGUCGUCCCGCUUUUGUCCGUCCUCUUCUCAUCGAUGCAGCCAUUUCUACAUGUAUCCUUUUUGGAUUCGUUUCAUUAAGCCUUUAUCUACAUACAAAUAAAAAUCACCAGAGAAAAGAGCAACACGAGAAGAACGCGUACAUCGGAGCCGCUUUCCUUAUUGCCUACUUUGUUUGGUUUAGCAUAACAAUGGCUGGUUUCUUUGAUGUUCGCCGAUUGCACGCGGAUUUUAUGUACUGGAUUGUUGAAGAGCGAGCAAGCAUGAAGAGAAUGAGCCUUCCACAUCAAGUUUCAAUAGAGAAUAGAUCCGAUCGUUCGUCAAAAUCCUCGAAACACUCAGCCCGAUCGCAUCGAAGUGAACGCGAUGAUGGGAGUCGACCGAAUUCGAUUGCCGGCUCAAUUCGAAGCAAAGCCUCUCAUCAUAGCAUUUCCGCUCGAACGCGCCUUUCCGUACCGUUA